GAAAAGACGUGAGCCUUUGGUGCAGCUGCAGAUCCCCUCUUACUCGUGCACUUGUUGCUGCGUGGAGAACACGUGAUCGCCCUGCGCUCCGAAGAGGCGUCAUAAAUAUGCAGAGCGCGCACGGGAUCCACAGCCCUGAGCCGCGCGCACACACACACACACACACACACACACAGAGGCGCGCGCUCCGCUCUCAGUGCGGCUGCAUUACAGUCAGACUUUACACCUUCAGCUGAGCUCCGUGAUGUGAGCGCGCACUUUUGCUUUUUUGCUCUGCAUUUGUUUCUUUAUUCGUGUUUGAUGUGAUUGGAUUAAUCUUUGAAGACAACCGGAGAACCCAAAAAAUCUGUGGGAACUAUGUGAAGAUUUUGUGACACGUCCUUGGCCACAGCGUUCCCUUCUCAGCGGCAGACAUGAAGUCUGUUCUGGAUGGCGUGGCAGACACCACCUUCAGGACCAUCACCUCUGGCCUCCAAUACCUUGGGUCCAAUGAUGCCAGCUACGAUGAUGCCACUAUCGACGCUGAUUUUGUCAAAGGCAGCUACUCAUUUCAGAAGCCACCAUCUGCAUUCCGCAGCAGCUCCUUCCCGGAUAAAGUGGGGCCGGAUGAGGAACUAAUCGUUAAAGGGCUUCCUUUUUAUCCCACCAAUGGCACAGAUCUGUUUGGGAACCAGAGUCUGGGGGAGGAUGGGUCUAGUGUACAGUGUGGAGAGAACUUCAUGGACAUGGAGUGUUUCAUGAUCCUGACUCCAAGCCAGCAGUUGGCAGUAGCGGUCAUGUCUCUGACACUGGGAACCUUCACGGUUCUGGAGAACCUUGUGGUCCUGUGUGUGAUAUUGCACUCACGCACACUGCGCUGCAGACCUUCUUAUCACUUCAUUGGUAGCCUGGCCAUUGCAGAUUUGCUGGGCAGUGUCAUUUUUGUCUACAGUUUCUUAGACUUCCACAUCUUUCACCGCAAAGAUAGUCCCAACAUAUUUUUGUUUAAGCUUGGAGGUGUCACAGCGUCCUUUACCGCUUCUGUUGGGAGUCUCUUUCUCACAGCCAUCGAUCGAUAUAUCUCAAUCCAUCGCCCGCUGGCCUACCGACGCAUCGUGACACGAACCAAGGCAGUGAUUGCUUUCUGCAUGAUGUGGGCCAUUUCCAUCAUCAUUGCAGUGCUUCCACUUCUUGGAUGGAACUGCAUACGCUUAAACUCUGUGUGUUCGGACAUCUUCCCACUCAUUGAUGAAAACUACCUGAUGUUCUGGAUUGGCGUGACCAGCAUCCUUUUGAUUUUCAUCAUCUACGCAUACAUGUACAUCCUGUGGAAGGCCCACCACCAUGCCGUACGAAUGCUUAGUCGGACCUCACAGAAAAGUCUGGUGGUUUACAACACGGAUGGCACCAAGGUCCAGACCACCCGACCUGAGCAAGCCAGGAUGGACAUUCGCCUCGCCAAGACGCUUGUUCUCAUUCUGGUGGUCCUGGUGAUCUGCUGGGGCCCCUUGCUGGCCAUCAUGGUGUAUGACCUUUUCUGGAAGAUGAAUGAUGACAUCAAGACAGUGUUUGCUUUCUGCAGCAUGCUCUGCUUGCUCAACUCCACAGUGAACCCCAUCAUUUAUGCACUGAGGAGUAAAGACCUGCGCCGGGCCUUUUUGGCCACCUGCCAAGGUUGCAGGAGCAGCAGCAGCAUCACACAGCAGUUAGACAACAGCUUGGAGUCGGACUGCCAGAACCGCAACCUGCAUAUCCAUGCCAACCGAGCAGCCGAGAGCUGUGUCAAGACCACUGUGAAAAUAGCCAAAGUGACCAUGUCCGUCUCUACCGAAACCUCGGCUGAAGCCGUCUAAGGCAUCAGACAGUUCUGGGGCAUCAAUAAGGGGAAGGAAUGAUAAAAGCCAUGUGCUAAAUUUUGGCAUGAGAGUGUGUCCAUUUCAAGUUCAAUUGUUGCUCAGCUUGUCAAACAAGACAAUUCAGUACGAUAACAGACAAAGGGUUCAAAUGCAGCACAAACGGGGCUCAUUCAUUUCCAUUGUUGGAUGAUGUGUGCCACCGAGGCAUCUUAGUAUUAAAAGUGCCAAAAUAGUUCUCCAACGUGAGAGCAUCAUUCUCAAUCAUGGCAUCAGUUCUUGUAUUGGGACUCUUACUGUGCUUGGUUGUGCCAUUCUUAUUAAUCAUAUCAAUCAUGUGCGGAUGUCGUGAAUGUUCUCAUGAAGGCUUAAUAUAUUUUUAUACUUUGAAAAAUCAGGUUCUUGAACAGUUAUAUCUUCUGUCAUUGGGACAAGGGGCUAUUGAUCUUUUUAGUAUGAAAAUGUUUAAGAUGUACUGUAUGUAGAUACUGUAAAUACCUGGUAAUAUACACUGUACUAUAUGUAUCAUCUGUUCAGUAUAAUCUGUGAGAUAAGUAUGUAAUGAUAGAGAAACAUUCAAAUGUUGAAACUCCAGAACAAAUAUACGGUAACAUGAAAAGUGUGAAUAUUGACUUGAAUAUUGUUCAUUAUUGUAUUUAUGUGGUGUUGUUCUGAGCUCUAUAGGACUCUUAUCCCAUUUUUGGGUCUCCUCACUUAUCCUGACUGUUCCAGAGACAGAGGUGUGUUUUGUUCUUUUGUUUUUUGGUGGAUCGACUGUUUAGUUAACAAAAAUUGAUGCAGUUUGUCGUUUUAGUGCAUGACGUGCUGGUUUAUUGGAUCCAGGGUUAGUUCAGGGGGAAGAUAAUGGCAGACUACCGUUUCUCUGCCAGACCAAGGAAUACUUUCUUUGUCCAAGCACAUAGGUUAAAGUACACAAUAGGAGCAGAGAAAGACAUGGACAUUUUCUAGUUACAAAAAAAAGGUGUAAAUCUUGCUAUUCAGUAAUAAUAUUAAACUGUAAUGUGGUGUUUUUCUUGUGGUUUCUGUUACAAAUGUGGCCAAAAACAGGCCAGUUCCUGUUAUGUCUUUUUCUGCAGAACAUUUAGAAGUCUCUGGAAUAAUGAUUUUUAGGAUGUUGAGGACGGAGGAUGUCGAUAUGUUUAAACGGCAAUACCAAUAUCUUGAGGAGAUGAAAAAAUAUACAUCAGCCAGAGACUGAAAAUAAAACAAUCCAGCUGUUUCAUGUAUUGUGAUCAUAAUAAUAAUAAUAAUAAUAAUAAUAAUAAUAAUAAUAAUAAUAAUAAUAGUAAAGAAAUCAGUCGGAAACUGUUAUGUAUAGCAUUUUUUUUUCUGUUUACUAAAAAAAAAAAAAAAAAAACAACAACAAAAAAAAAAAAAACAUUUGCAAGGUUGGGUUAACAUUGUGGUGUGCUGGAUACACCUCAGAUAAACGUGUUAAAAAAUCGCCGCAGUCAAGUCACUAAAUAGACAUAAUAAUGACAUAGAACCUAUUUUUACUUAACCGUUAUUUAUUUGUUUUUUCUUCUUUUUAAUAAAUAGAUGACUUCCUAAAGCACGGUGAAUAACCUUCCUAUUAUAGGACUGAGGUCCUCUAAAUAUAGCAGAUUAAUUCUAUUCACAAACUCUAUUUAAUGAUUCUACGUGGAAUAACAAACGUUCCCCAGUUUAAUUCGUCAUUCUUUCUCACUUUAAAUAGUCAUACAUUUGCACAAAUUUAAGCCGAGGGUCACGUUAUCAAAGAAGGAAUACUUUUAAUCUGAGGCUCAGAACCAGCCAUCUGUAAACCUGAUUCUCGAAGUGUUUUAUUGACAUUAUGAAGGACUUCAGUGUUGUUUUUAUGUCAGUUACUAUUAGCCGAAUAGCUGACGUCUACCAUGAUCCUUAACCUCCUUGCUGACUGUCUGCUUUUUUCUGCCAUCGUUGUCUGUGGAGUGGAGAUUAAACACCACAAAACCUUCAAAUGGCUUCUGUUUCCAAAGUGGCACAUAAUCUAAACAUCUGAAAAUAUUGACGCUGUGACAACUUGUAAUUAAUGCUUUGCCAUGUGGUCUGUUUUAAGAUUUUCAAUAAAGUCACAACUGACCAUCACCAUCAGAA